GCCAUGUUGAUCCUCAUAGCGGGAAUUACAGGCAAUCUUGGCCAGCAUCUCGCUCGAGUCUCUCUGGAAAAGGGCCACCAGGUCCGAGGCUUGGGACGAUCGCCAGACAAGCUCGAUGCAAAAACGAUGGGUCAUCUCGAAAGCUUUGUUGUCUCUUCUGCCUACUACGACAUCCCUGCCCUGGAUCGUGCAAUGACCGGCGUGGACGCCGUGAUUUGUGCAUACUCAGGUCGGCCGGAGCUGGUGCUCGACGGCAAUCUUCUUCUCCUGCGUGCGGCUGAGCGUGCCGGUAUCAAGAUAUACCUAGCGUCUAGCUGGAAUGUAGACUGGCGAUACGUGAAAUUUGGCGACCACGAGAGUUUCAACCCGUUUCAUUCGUUCCGCCAACAGGUUGCUAUCACGUCGACGAUGAAGCCAAUUUGGAUCUUUACCGGGGUUCUCGCUGAGGUGUUUUUCUCGGUUCCCGGACAUGGUGAUCUCUCGCCCAAAAACCACGGCAUUUGGGACCCGGUCGCGAAGUCCAUGGAUGUCUGGGGAACAGGCCGGGAGAAGUUUGAUUGGACGACUGAAGCAGACGCAGCGAAGUUCAGUAUUGCUAUCAUUGAGUCCCCGGAAGCACACCAGGGUGGGUUUUAUUCGGUCCGGUCAGGCUGUCAUAGCCUUCGCGAAAUCAAGGCCACAUAUGAACGGGUCCGAGGAUCGAGGGUCCAGGUGAUCGAAAAAGGGUCUGUAGAGGAGCUUGAGAAGACUGCCUUGCAAGCCCGUCUUCGUGGCUCCCCUCUGACGUUCUGGGAGUAUAUCGGAUAUUUUUAUCAGCUGGUUACCAUCAACGGCUCAGCUGCUCUACGUAACUUGGACAAUGACCGCUUUCACAAUGUCGACACUACAUGUCUGGAAGAAUUUCUGCAUCAAACACCUGAAAUUUGA